GCCGCUUCAGCUGACAGUCUACAUGAUGGCGACAGAGGUUCAGAGCGGCGACCUCGACAGUGCUACUUCCAGCCGGCUCGAAGUUUCCAUCGAUGGCCUCACCCUCAGCCCGGACCCGGAGGGCGAGCAGAUCCAGGUCGAGGAGCCGGACCCCAAACCCGCGGAACCGGAGACCGACACGCCGGGUGCCGCGGGAGGCGAAGAUGGAGAGACAGCCAAAUCUGCGAUAGAGAGGAAAUGGGGCUUUCCUCUGCUGGAGCUGUACGGAAUGAGCCUUAAAUUUUUCAAAGACAAAGAUGGAAAGGCCUUCCACCCGACCUAUGAGGAGAAGCUCCGACUGGUCGCGCUGCACAAACAGGUGUUACUGGGCCCUUAUAAUCCCGAUGCUUCACCAGAGGUCGGCUUCUUUGAUGUGCUGGGCAACGACCGCAGGAAAGAAUGGGCCUCCCUGGGUAACAUGGAGAAGGAGGAGGCCAUGGUGGAGUUUGUCAAACUGCUGAACAAGUGCUGUAACCUCUUUGCUCCCUAUGUCACCUCACACAAAAUCGAAAGGGAGGAGCAGGAGAGGAAAAGGAAAGAAGAAGAGGAGCGCCAGCGACUGGAGGAGGAGGAGAGGGAGCGACAAAGGCAGGAGGAGGAGAGACGGAGGCUGGAGGAGGAGGAGAGACUGAGGAGAGAGGAAGAGGAAAGGAGACAGGCAGAGGAGGAGAGGCUACGGAUUGAGCAGCAGAAGCAACAGAUAAUGGCGGCAUUGAAUGCGCAGACAGCAGUGCAGUUCCAACAGUAUGCUGCUCAGCAGUACCCCAACAGCCCAGAGCAACAGCUGGGCCUCAUCCGUCAGCUCCAGGAGCAGCACUACCAGCAGUACAUGCAGCAGCUCUACCAGGUCCAGCUGGCCCAGCAACAGGCGGCCUUACAGAAGCAGCAGAUGCAGGCUGAUUCGAUGGUGCAGGGCACUCUUGAAUCUAGCGGCUUCAACAGCGGUGAACCCAUCCCCGCCUCAGCAGCUGGACCGCUAUGUGCAGCUUCACCACCUGCUGGCGAGGAAACACCAACAGUCAACGGAGGCCAGUCAGACUCGUACUCAGAGAGCAUGGACCGGGAGCCAGAGCCUGAGCCAGCAGAAGAGGUCUCAGAGAACGGGCCUUUAUUAGCAGACUCCCCUCCGGUCAUAGCCGCUCCCUCCAUGUGGACACGGCCACAGAUCAAGGACUUCAAGGAGAAAAUCCGGCAGGACGCAGACAGCGUGAUCACAGUGGGGCGUGGUGAGGUGGUGACAGUGCGGGUGCCCACACACGAGGAGGGCUCCUACCUGUUCUGGGAGUUUGCCACGGACUAUUAUGACAUCGGCUUCGGGGUCUUCUUCGAGUGGACGGACGCUGCCUCUGCUUCGGUCAGCGUGCAUGUGUCAGAGUCCAGUGAUGAGGACGAGGAUGAUGAAGGUGAUCCUCCCAAUGAGGAGGAGAAGGCGAAGAAGGAGGCAGGGAAGCCCCAGGUGGAUGAGAUUGUGCCGGUGUACCGGCGGGACUGUCAUGAGGAGGUGUACGCCGGCAGCCACCAGUACCCCGGCCGUGGAGUCUACCUGCUCAAGUUUGACAACUCCUAUUCACUCUGGCGCUCCAAGAGUGUUUACUACAGAGUCUACUACACCAGAUAAGCCUGAAUACAGACACAGGGGAGCCAAGGAGUGUGUAUGUUCAUAUGUGUGUGUGUGUGUGUGUGUGUGUGUGUGUGUGUGUGUGUGUAGGUGGAGAUUUGUGCGAUGGCAGCCUGUAUGUGUGUGUGUAUGAGAAAGAGAAAGUGAUGCCAGAGCUAUUCUGGAGAAAACCACCAGAGGGUGACAAAGAGACACAUCUGGAGCGCUAGUCUGAAGAUUGGACUAAUAUGUAUGUACCGUAUGUGUAUGCGUGUCCCGAGAUACACCCAUGCUAGAGCCCGUCAUCGAGCCCUUGGAAGAGGAGUGUGUAUUCCUGUUGUAUAUUCACCACCUGUCCUCGCUGCGCUCACAUAGACCAAGCUGUAGGACUUUGCUCUCACAUUGUAUUUUACCACUUUUCACCCUGGGCUCCUCUUCUGUCACCUCCCCAGCCCAACACUGUCCAACGUGGCCUUGUGGCUGCUUCUGCCCUGAGUGACGCUUUCAUGACCGUGAAACAGAAACCCGGCGAGUCCAGCACUCUGCGAGUUUGCUGUUUGGUGGUAAUAGUGGUCGUUUAUCCCACAAGAACACAGACAAUGUUGAAAAUCUAAUUAUAUUGCAAAUGUACUUCAUAACACUAUGCCUCUGUUCCACAGAGAGCUCCUGGUCUCUGCCAAGUCUCUCACACACAUUAAAAACACCAUUACACACAAACUUAAUCAUCUUUUUUUGUUGUUAAACAGUAGUCCGUUAUUCUCUCCUCCUGCUACCAUGCCUACAUGAAGAUCUGAGAGGAUAUUUAAUGGAAGCAGAGCUCUUUUUUUGGCUUAUUCCUACACAAAACACUGUUAUUUCUAGAUACAGUCUGAUUGACAGUGAGCCAGUAGUUUUUUGUUUUGUUUUUUUAAAGGAGCCGACUGGCAAAAUUUAUGAAGGACAGGCAAGAAGUCAUUCUAUAGAAGCAAAAAAGGGACAUAAAUAUUAGAAUUUUAACAGCCACUGAAUACUUAAUAUUGAAAUUUUUGAAAAUGAUGCGUCUAAAUCUAUUUGCUCUAAAUCUACCUCUUUGAAAUUAUUAUUAUUAAUUUAAUUGCGAUUUAAAAAGCUUUUUUUUUUUACAAUGUCAAAAAAUUCAGUUUCAAAAAUAUAAGUUUCAAAAAUAGAUUGAGUUUGCUCAGAUUGAAAAAUUUGUAAAAAUAAAUAAAAUGUUUAAAAAAGCUUAAAGAGACAUCAGACAAAAUCAACACGGACUCAAAACAUUCAGGCUCAACUGCCUAUCCUGUCCUGCUGUUUAAAUGUUUUCAAAUAGUAUUUUUAGAUUCAUUUAACCAAUCGAAUUUGAGCAACCUGAUUUUUUUUUUAAAUUAUGAAACAUGUAUUUUUGAAUUUGAAUUUAUAACAAAAUGAAAAGAAUAAACAAAUUCAGCUUUUGAAAAAGCAAAUUAAAAUUUUUCACAUUUUAAUUUCGUAGCAGUAAAUUCAGAACAGACGUAUUCAGAUACAUUGUUUUUAAGAUAAAAACUAUUUCACUGUUGUUAAUUUAGAGGUGUUUUAAUUUCAAUAUUAAUUAUUCUGUUAAAAUUCUGAUACUUUUGCCUUUCGUUUGCUUCCAUAUAUUUCCAGGGUUUAGGGUGAACUUAGGGUGUUAAAGGAGUGAAUAUAACUUAAGAUGCACAUGGAAAAGUCAGCUUUCUGGCUUUGUAAACGCAAACAUCUCAGUGUGUGACACACAAUAAGAAGUUAAAAAACAAAUUACUAAAUACAUAUUUGUUCCCCUUUUCUCCUCAUUUUUUUCAAUCUGUCUAUUAUCACAUAACUGAUGAUGUUAUAUCAUCAGCUGCCCUUUGGUAAUCAGUUCUCCAUGAAAGAACCAAGAAAAUAGGAGCUAGUAUUACAGCGGAUGUUAUAUUAAUAUUACCUGGGAGUUUUUUUGUGUUUAUUAGUGUUUGUUUGGAGAUGCUGUUCUCAGCUUUGAUGCACAAAUACGCCUAACAAUAAAAAUUAUUCCAUGUUUCGGAGGUCAUGACACUGUUAUAUCUCCGCAGCGCUCAGAAAUCAAAAAACACAGAAUACAGUGUUCUGGUUUUUUUUUCCCCUCCUGGAAUGAUUUAACUCAAAUUGUCAUCUCAAGUAAGUUAUCGUGAAUAAAGUGAGAUGAUGUAGACUUCUUUUUGUGUCUUUGGUGACGUGGUUGCUUACUAACUCAGUUGUAACGUUAAAGUGUUUCAACUUUUUUUUUCUAAGUUAAUUUGUUGCCAUAUUUUAGAUUCAUUCUGUUCAGUUUCACAUUAUAUGCUGGCUUUGUGUACCUAACACCUCGGUGCAUUAUGAGCAGUGUGUGCAAAAGGCGUUGGAGACAUUUGAUUUCACUUUAUCACUCAUUGAAGUCUUUUUGUACAUUUUUGUGUGUGUAUGCAACCAAACUUUAAAGACACAGAGACGGAAUAACUUCCAAGCUGAGUAAUCCUCACGUCCUCGCUGAGUGUUAGUUCAUCAUAUUAUUUAAUUUGAGGCCACUCCUCCUGCCUCCUAUCCAUUUGGUGAUUUGUGUAACAAAAUGUCAUGAUGGCGUAACCAAGCCGAAAAGUUCCCAUAUGUUCUGAUGUGUGAUGUUUGUUUUUCUUAUUAUCGCUCACCAGAUUUGGUUUGAGUCGACUUGUUCAAGCCUUGUAUGUAAAUAAUUCUAUAAAUGAGUUUAUUUGUGGGUUUUUAAACGUGAAAGAAGGCUAUGGUUAUGAGAAUCAAUGCACUGUAAAAUAUGGUGAAUGAGAAAUAUGUAUACAUUUUACCCCGAAUGAAAGUCCAAAACUCGUAGGAAGUAUAAAAUUAUAAGACUCUAUUGACAUGACAGACAGAAAAAGCUCAUCUUUUUGUAUUGUUUUGACUUGUUUGGAUCUCUUAUGAGUUGCAAGAUCUUUCUUUUUUUGGGCAUAUAUUUAAUCUUGAUUAAACUUAUGUUCAUCUCUAGAA